CAGGCAGCCCGGACGUGUCACUGAACGGUCCUGAGAUCCAAACGGUGGAGGAAGCGUUUUCCUCAGUGCUUCGUUUCAUCCGGCGCCACCUGCACCUGGCCUCGGCGCGAGACAGUGCCAUGGUGGCGGGCAGCGUCGCGCAGCUCUGGCAGGUGAUGCCUCAGCUUCGUGAAGACGUGCUGUGGCCUUGUUUGGAGGACGUCGCGCAAGGCGCGCGCUUCAAGAGUGAAGAUUUCAACUGUCAGGACAUGGCUGCGGUGGCUCAAGCCUUUGCGAAGUUGGAGCGGCCCAAUGAAGUCUAUGCCACGGUCUUAGAUCGUUGUUUCUGCAUGCCACGUGCUGCGGACCGCGACCUGUGCUAUCUUUUGUGGGCUGCCGCCACUGUACCACGCUGGGCUGACUCACCGUUCGUGGGCCGCGCGGUGUUGGAGCUGACGAAGCGCGAUGCGGCACAAAUGGCGUCGAAGGAUCUGACGCAGCUGCUACAGUCCUUGGGGAAACUUCUGCGCCUUCCGGGACAGGCGCCGGCGCGCGUAGCUGCGCUGCGCUGGCAGCUGCAGGUCUUGUUCCUGGAAGGCGUCCGACGGUCGCAGAGCUUCGGGACCAAGGACUUGGCAUGCUUGGAACGGGCUAGGGAGGCACUUGAGCAGGAUGAAGCGCCUGUGGCUGGCUAUGGCCUAGGUCCACCGCCUGGCAUCGACGGCAGAGAGGAAGCAUCGUGUCACGACUCGCCAGGUUCCCACAGCCACGGCGAAUGCCACAGCCAUGGCCACGACGGGCACAGCCACGGCCACGACGGCCACAGCCACGACGGCCACAGCCACGACGGCCACAGCCACGGCCACGACGGCCACAGCCACGGCCACAGCCACGAGCACAGCCACAGCACGUGCACAGCGGUGAUCAGUCACGGUGAUGCCCAUGGUCAUCAGACCAAAUGCGAAGGUGAAGGAACUUUUGAAAGCUCGACCUCUCCAAAGGAAGCUCCAAGCUGUGAGAAUGAAACCUGCUGUCCCUACAUCCGUGCCGGGCCGGAGAUGCGGCUGAAUGCGCAUUGCAGCUUUGCCGGGCACUGUGUGAGAAUGAAGAACACCUUCAUCCACAUCCCCUGCAGCAGCUUCAGCGAUUCCGAGAGCGACGGCGAAUGCGCCGUCUGCUCCUUCAAGAGGUCUCGCUCCUGCGACGACCUGAUCCUGUGAUGCGGUGG